AUGUUCGGGCUCUGGAGGACCUUCACCAGCGUGGUUUUCUACGUCACCCUGGCCGUCGGCCUCGGGGGCCUGGUGGGCAACGGGCUGGUGCUCUGGCACCUGGGCCUCCACAUCAAGAAGGGACCCUUCUCCGUGUACGUCCUGCACCUGGCCGCCGCCGACUUCCUGUUCCUGGGCUGCCAGGUGGCCUUCUCCAUCGUCGGGGCCGCCCUGGGCUCCGAGGACACCCUCUACUUCAUCGUCACCUUCGUGGGGUUCGCCGCGGGGCUCUGGCUGCUGGCGGCCUUCAGCCUGGAGCUCUGCCUGUCCGAGCUCUUCCCCGCCUGCUACGAGGGCCGCCGCCCCAGACACACGUCGGGCGUGGUGUGCGGCCUGCUCUGGGCCCUGACCCCGCCGGCCGUGCUGCUGCCCGCCCACGCCUGCGGCCUGCUGCGCGGCGGCGCGCGCCUGGGGGCCUGCGUGCGCUACCACGCGGCCAGCAUCGCCUGGCUGCUGUCCCUGGCCUGCGUGGCCUGCGGGGCCGGCCUCGUCCUGGCCCUCUGGGUGGCCUGCUGCUCCCAGCGCCCGCGGCCCCGGCUCUACGGCGUCGUGCUGGUGUCCGGGCUGCUGCUGUUCCUCUGCGGCCUGCCCUACGUCCUCUACUGGAGCCUCAGGCCCCUGCUCAACUUCCUGCUGCCCGUGUUCCACCCGCUGGCCGCCCUCCUGGCCUGCGUCCACGCCAGCGCCCGGCCGCUCAUCUACUUCUCGGUGGGCCGGCGGCCGGGGAGGCGCCAGCCGCUGCGGGUGGUUCUCCAGAGGGCCCUGGGGGAUGGGGCCCACCUGGGGGCCGGGGGGCUGUCCCUGCCCCUGGGCGCCAUAUAA